UUCUCCACUACUCAGACGUUGUUCUGGGUGACAGCGGCGAUAUACCUUCUCUGGCAGCUGCUUUAUUACCCGAAGAGGGUGUUGUUGUUUUUUUCUCUACACCUGGCCGUGAGGUUUGGAGUACGUUAUGCGUAAAAACGCGCGUCGCGGUUGCGAAGCGGCACCGCUUUAGGUGUGGAGUUCUAAAAGUUGCCGAGCGAUUUCGUGAGGGAAAAUAGUUUUCUUCUUCCAAUGAGGAUUAGAAGAACCAUGGGGAUCUUGUGGGUGAUAUUAUGUUUAUGUGAAUUAUCAGAUGCAGUUAAGGACCUGACGAUGACCUCAACAGCCAAGGUCCCCAGCCCCAGUCACUUCAGCAUCUCCUGCAUCAGCGGUGAACGCAGCCCUGCUGAGUUCAAGAUGAAUAUCAAGAGAGAUAACGGGAUCCUUGUAUUACCAAAGCCACCGAGUUUUAAAGUGCACAAGGUGUCUCACAAGCUUGUCGUGGCAAAGGAGUUCGAUGGCCACGACACUAUUGGAAUCUUCUACUGUGAGACAACUCAGGAGGUCCCACCACUUAAGCUGACCAUGAUAAACAACGCUUUUGGAGCGAAUUUUAUUCCAAACCAGCUUACAAUGACCGUGAACAGGGGGGAGACAGCUCAUCUGAGCAUGGAGCUGCUGAGCUCCGAAAGGAGGGACGUGACCUGGAAAUAUAACGGAAACUACUACUAUAUCACUCACUGGAACGAAGUGACUGACCGCAUCGCUACGCUGACUGUGGAGAAUGCAACUUUGGCCAAUCAAGGGAUCUACAGUGCCAGCUUUUUUGGGGACAGCCCCCUCAACGGAGCCUGGAUGAGACUCAUCGUUAGAGACUGUCCCAGUAAAAAGUGGGGUCCUUACUGCGACAGAGAAUGCCCAGAAUGCCUUAACGGGGGAGUUUGUAAUGAUGUGGACGGGGACUGUAUCUGCCCUCCAGGAUUCAUGGGGACGCGCUGCGAGGCAGCCUGCAGGGAAGGAAUGUUUGGGAGAAGCUGCCAGGAGUCCUGCAGAACCGGCCAGAGAAGCAACUGCCAAGAGAUUCGCUUUUGCCUCCCAGACCCUUACGGUUGUUCCUGUGCCAGCGGUUGGUUCGGGAGGCACUGUGAAAAAGCUUGUGUUAAUGACACAUAUGGACCAGACUGCCGGUUGAGCUGUAAAUGUCAGAAUGGAGGGGUGUGCAACCGUUUCAGUGGAUGUCAGUGUCCCCUAGGAUGGAGAGGACAGGACUGUGAAAAGUCUGAGCGGGCUCCUCAGAUUCUGGACCUGGAUUGUAACCUGGAGUGUAAUCUGAAUUCCAGUCCUAAAGUCAAAUGCUCCGCUACAGGCAACCCCUUACCCAGCCACAACAGCUUUGAGCUGAGGAAGUUGGACAACACCGUGCUCAAGGCCUCUCGGACGAUCCAGGAGUCGAAUCAGAGCACAGCCUGGUUUGAGAUCCCUCGACUGAACGCUCAACAAGGGGGGCCGUGGGAGUGCAGGGUGUCCACCAUUCGAGGCCAGGACACCCGCAAGUUCAACGUCACCAUUAAAGUGCCCCCAGUUCCAACUACCGCUCCAAAACUACUUGAAAAGAGGAGUAAGCAAUUGCUGGUGAUGCCACUGGAGUCGCACAAAGGCGAUGGCCCCAUUGUCUCAACCAGACUCCUAUAUAAGCCUGUGCAGAACGGAGACUCCUGGUCCUCGAUUAUAGUGUAUAGUGACAAAGAGCCCAUCACUUUGAUGAACCUAGAGCCUUCGACACUCUAUCGUGUACGCGUCCAGCUGAGCCGUCCCGGCGAGGGAGGAGAGGGGUCUCCUGGACCGGAGGCGGUGAUGGAGACAGACUGCCCUGAGCCCACAGUUCAGCCCGAGAUCGAAAAUAGAACCGUGGAUUGCCGUAAUGCUAAAGUGUGGUGGCGACUGCCGGCCAACGCUGACAUCACCCCUGGCACGGCGACUGGCUUUUUAGUGCAGCUCUUCGAAUCCCCGCCAUACAAUGAGAAGGUUUUGGAGAAGACCACCCUGCUCAACGUGCUCUCCACCGAGUUCCACGACCUGAAGUAUCAUCAUGACUACAGCGUGGUGGUGCGCCUGAUCAACUGCGGCAGCCAGGGGCCGGCCUCCAAACCCUUCCAUUUCCGCAUCAACAGCCAGGGGCCAUCACCCCCCCGCAGCGUCCAGGCCCAGUCCCUUUCCACUUCGGCCAUCCAGGUGAGAUGGCAGCCCCCCGAGAAUCCAAAUGGAGGCAUAAUCAAAUAUGUUAUAGAGUACCACCCAGUUGGCCAAGGGAGCCCUCAUCACUGGCUGGACAUCGAUGACUUUAACAAGACCACGAAAGACGUGACGGCUCUCAACAGCAGCACCCUCUACCAGUUCAGAGUAAGAGCGUGCUCCAAAGUGCCGGGCGAGUGGAGCACGUUUGUUCAGGAGAAGACGCACGGGGAUGACACACAGAUUUUAGCACCGACCAUCCAAGGUGUUUCUGGGAAGCCGGCGGGGGACGGUAAUCAGCUGCUGGUCGCAGUGGUGGGCUCCGUAACUGUGACCUGCGUGACCAUACUGCUCGCCCUGCUGGCUCUUUUCUAUAUCAGGAAGAUGCUGCUCAACCGUCGGCGCACAUUUACCUAUCAGUCUGGAUCGGGCGAAGAAACUAUUCUGCAGUUUAACUCGGGAACCCUGACCCUCACCAGAAGGCCCAAGCCCACGCCAGAACCGCUCACCUAUCCAAUCCUCGAAUGGGAUAGUAUUAAAUUUGAAGACGUCAUCGGAGAGGGCAACUUUGGCCAGGUCAUUAAAGCCAUGAUCAAGAAGGACGGCAACAAAAUGAGUGCAGCCAUCAAGAUGCUAAAGGAGUUUGCCUCAGAGAACGACCACAGAGACUUCGCUGGAGAGCUGGAAGUGUUGUGCAAACUGGGCCAGCAUCCCAACAUUAUCAACCUGAUCGGAGCCUGCGAGAACAGAGGCUACCUGUACAUAGCCAUAGAAUACGCUCCCUACGGAAACCUGCUGGACUUUCUGAGGAAGAGCCGCGUGCUGGAGACCGAUCCCGCGUUUGCCAAAGAGCACGGUACGGCGUCCACCCUCACCUCCCAGCAGCUGCUGCAGUUCGCUGUGGAUGUGGCGACCGGGAUGCAUUACCUCAGUGACAAGCAGUUCAUACACAGAGACUUGGCAGCAAGGAACGUUCUGGUAGGGGACAACCUUGUGGCGAAGAUCGCAGAUUUUGGUUUGUCCAGAGGAGAGGAAGUCUAUGUCAAGAAAACAAUGGGGAGACUCCCAGUGCGCUGGAUGGCCAUUGAGUCCCUGAAUUACAGCGUGUACACUAGCAAGAGUGACGUAUGGUCCUUUGGAGUUCUCCUCUGGGAAAUUGUAAGCUUGGGUGGUACGCCAUAUUGUGGAAUGACAUGCGCUGAACUUUAUGAAAAACUGCCACAGGGCUACAGGAUGGAGAAACCCAAAAACUGUGAAGAUGAGGUCUAUGAACUAAUGAGGCAGUGCUGGAGGGAUCGGCCCUACGAGAGACCCCCCUUCUCACAAAUCUCUGUCCAACUCAGCCGGAUGCAGGAAGCCAGGAAGGCCUACGUUAACAUGGCCCUCUUUGAGAACUUUACCUACGCUGGAAUAGAUGCCACCGCAGAGGAGGCCUGACUACCAGCCCCCCCAGACCCUCGUAGACUGCGUAGCUCCAAGAGAAAGUGGAGCGGCAGGCCGCCACGUUACUGCCACCUUCCUGCCAGUCAACCACAGCACAGGAGGGCCGGGCGCUUCACUGCAACCACCCAGUUAUAGAUGGAGGACUGUGACAGGACACUUUAUUGAGGUAUCUGGAGCAGAAGGAGACGCGGAUUAUGACUGGACCUUCAGUGGAGAGUUGCAACUGCAGCAAACCUGGACGAAACCACCCUCUCUUUCAAAACAUGUAAAAAAAAAUUCCCAGUAAAAAUCAACCAACACAACAUUGUUCAUCUUGUUUUUUAUAAAUGGCCUUUUCUCUGAUCACCGAGGAAGGACCUGCAAACAUGGAGCUAUGUGAUUUGCUGAAACACCUAAGGGUCUGUGGGGUGUCUUUGCUGGAUUUUUGUUUUCGCUCAUGUGAAGGAAGAGAUCAUUUCGAUGGAGAAAACUUUAACGGACUUAGUUUGGAUCUCAACUUUUAUGGGAGUGAACUAUGACAGAUAUUUGCCCUUUUAGCACUUACAGUAGCCUGAUACUGUAUGGGCCAUGUGUCAUAAUUAUUAUCUCUGUACCGCGUGUCACUAUCGCGUGAAAAUAAGUACCGUUAUUUGUAUUUUGAUAUAUUUGUAAGAAUGUUUAAAAAGUAUCAAAGCUAUGUACUCGAUUUAGCCAGAGUAGUAGAACAAUUGAUGUUCAGCCAACGUGGAAGAUGUGUUGAUAUCAUAUGAUCUGCACACCAUAAAGCAACUUCCGCACUUAUUAGCAUCACUAGUAAAACAUGUAAAAAGCCUUAAAAUAAAAAGAUCUUUUAUUGCAGCGGCAUAAUAGAAAUAUCCUAAAUUCCCAUAUUAGAUAGUAAUAGUUAUUUUCUUUACAUUAUUGCUGCUAUUAUACUUAAUGGCACACAAGAAAAUAAAUCUAACCACCAUAGACAAGGAGCAGAAAGGAUAAGGAAAGUAAAACUAAAACUAAAAAAAAUCAAAUCCUAAAGUUUGAGGACUGCAGCACAGAAGGGGAUGGUCUAGUCACCAAAUCUCUAUAGCAACCAUUAGAUUAUAUUUACAUGGUAAUCAAUAGUUUGGGACGAAUGUUGGGGUAAAGACUUAAAAGAUGACUAAAAACUUAGCUUUUUGGAUAAUAAUGUUCUUAAAGGACCUGGGAACAUGCUUCCUUUAGAACACCAGGAGAUUUGUUAUGGCCUCUAUCAGGAAAUGAAAAUUGGAUCACCACUGAGUCUUUCAGCAGAAUCAAAAGUUUACUCCCAAAUAGUAAAUCAGACAGAAAAUAUACUGUAUCUCCAUCCAUGCUCUCUCAGUCCUCAGAUCUAAAUGCUGCAGAAAAUCUGUAGGGUUGAGGAGAACAGAGGCUGCUGGCUGAGCGUUACCGGGGAAGAGCAGCCGAUGUCCUUUUGUUAUCUGCAGGGGUGCCAGGAAGUUUGCAACGAGUGGUUUUGAGUGCGAGAUCUGGCUAAAGCAAUAACAGAUUUAUUUAUCAUCAGGCUUUUUACUGUUUUAUGUGUGGAGGGUGCUGUGGGAGUUUUUGGUGGUCAGUUUGUAUGCUGUAUUGUUAAAAUACAUAUAUGUGUCCUGCCUUCUGCCAUGGAAUGUGGUCAGAAUUACCUGUGGUGCAUAUUUAGUCUAUCGGACGUUACCAUCAUAAUUUACCUCUAACACUAGAGGCAACAAUGGUAAUGAGCAGAGCAUCGCAGAAUGUACAUUGGAAGUGCUUAUUCAUUUUAUAAAAUAAAGGGUUCUUGUGGUGUCUGGACUCCUCAGCACAAGUACCUAAUCAUGUAAAAU